AUGGCAUCAAUCCUAUAUUACUUAGAGGAAAAUCAAAAAGCUGCUUAUUUUGACAGAAAAUAAGGGCUAACUGAGGAAGAAUACUUUGAAAGAUUAAAAACUUCAUCUACACUAUAUGUGGGAAAUCUAUCAUUUUACACUUAAGAAUACUAGCUUUUGCAAUAUUUCAGUUUGUGCUCGAAAAGUCUGCCAAGAAUGAUAAUGGGACUUAAUAAAUAAACAAAGACACCUUGCGGGUUUUGCUUUGUAGAGUUUGGUACUAGAGAAGAAGCAGCGACUGCAAGGGAUCUACUUAACCUUAAACUAGUAGAUGGGAGAGCUAUUCGAGUAGAUUGGGACAUUGGAUUUUAAUGGGGCAGGCAGUUCGGAAGAGGUCGCAACGGAGGAUAAGUUAGAGAUGAAGUAAACACUGAAUAAAUUGAUAAAGACAGACCUAAACCAAAUUUCAGAAGAAGAAAUAAUCAUAAUAAUGAACAUAAUAGAAAUAAUAACGAUAGCAAUGAUAAUAAAGAUGGGUAGGCUACUACUGCUGAUGAAAAUUCUUCUAAUAUUAAUGAAAAUUAAGGAGAUAGAAAAGAUUAUAGAGAGAGAAAUAGAGGUGGACGAGGAGAUGGAUAGAAUUAUAGAGGAAACAGAGGUAGCUAUAGGGGAGGAAGGGGAAAUGGCAGAGGAUAAAUUUAAAACUGA